ACCUAAAGCUCCAAUUACCCAAAAACUUCAAUUUUUGUCCUCCAUUUGCUCAAUUAGUCCUCUAAUCUAAUCAUGAUCCAAUUUUCAGUCCAAAAUUCCAACAAAGUUUCCAUCUUUAUUGUUCUUGCUCGAUUUCUUCAACUUCCCUCAAAUUUCAUCCUCUUAAAUUCGUGAAAUUUGUUGCUAUAUUCAUCUUGUUCUUGUUCGAUUCCACCUGAGCUUCCUUCAAAUUUCUCAAUUUCGAGUUUCGCUGCGAAAAUCGAGCAACUUUUUUGAUGGAAGAAAAUCAAACGCGGAGUCUUGAAGAACCCAACCCCUCGAUUUCCGGCCAACAAUUUCCGGCGGUGGCGAAGAAAGAAGAGUUCGAAGAAGGGUCGCCGUCGAUGGGUCUGGUUCCGGUUCGGGCACCGGCGAAACUGGCUGUGAAGCGGUCGUCGACCAAGGACCGCCACACGAAGGUGGAGGGCCGCGGCCGGAGGGUCCGAUUGCCGGCGGCUUGCGCGGCCCGGGUUUUCCAGCUGACCCGAGAACUGGGUCACAAGUCCGACGGCGAAACCAUCCGGUGGCUUCUCGAACACGCCGAGCCGGCGAUAAUCGCAGCCACCGGCACCGGCAAGGUCCCUGCAAUCGCCGUCUCCGUUGGUGGAGCGCUCAAGAUUCCGACGAGUUCGCUGGCGAAACCGAAUGGAGAGGUCUCUGAGCUUCCCAGGAAGAAGAGGCGGCACUGUUGCAGUAGUGAGUUUGUUGAUUUUGAGGAUUUGAGGUCGAUUUCGAGUGGUUUGGCGCCGGUGAGUUAUGGCGGUGGUGGUGGGGGUUUGGUGCCUAUGUGGCAAUUUGGAAGCAAUGUUCCGGCUGUGCCGUUUUUCAUGUUCCCAAACUCUGGUUGGGCUAUUCCUUCGGAGUCAGUUUCGGGGCAGACGAUUUUCGAUUUGCAGGGGAGGCCCUUAUCGAACUUCCCGGUGACAGCUUUGCAAUCUGGAGUUGAAGGUACUUGUGGUGGUGAUGUGCAGGCCACUUCUGGUUCGAUUUCGAGUGGUGGUGGGAGCUGUUCGACUAGUUUGGGUGCCAGUAAUAGUAAUGCGGUUACUAGUAGUGACACUAGCGCCACUACAGCUGCUCCGAUUAGUCAUACUCAAUUGCGGAGGGACUUGUCUUUGGAUACUUGGGAUAAGAAGGAGCUUCAGUUCUUGGGUGGUCUGUGUGGAAAUUCACAAGCUCAAUAGACAAGGAGGGUUUUAGCUUUUAGGGGUAGUAGGGUUUAAGCCUGUUGAGGCCUUUUUGUAUUCAAGGCCUUGAGGUUUUGACUCGACGAUCUAAGGUUUUAGUGGUAGCGUUUUAGAUUUUGUUGGCCAUUUUGUAAUGAAGCACAUGAACUGGUUAUGUUUUAUACUAAUCUAAUCCAAGGCCAAUUCGUAAUCUGAUGUGCUGGUUCAGUU